CUAGCCUGGUCCAGAUCUGGUUGUGCUAUCGUCUGCGUGUCUGGAACACAGCCCUGAUCUUGCCUGGUCCCAGAUCUGGUUGUGCUAUCGUCUGCGUGUCUGGAACACAGCCCUGAUCUAGCCUGGUCCCAGAUCUGGUUGUGCUAUCGUCUGUGUGUCUGGAACACAGCCCUGAUCUAGCCUGGUCCCAGAUCUGGUUGUGCUAUCGUCUGUGUGUCUGGAACACAGCCCUGAUCUAGCCUGGUCCCAGAUCUGGUUGUGCUAUCGUCUGCGUGUCUGGAACACAGCCCUGAUCUAGCCUGGUCCCAGAUCUGGUUGUGCUAUCGUCUGUGUGUCUGGAACACAGCCCUGAUCUAGCCUGGUCCCAGAUCUGGUUGUGCUAUCGUCUGCGUGUCUGGAACACAGCCCUGAUCUAGCCUAGUCCCAGAUCUGGUUGUGCUAUCGUCUGCGUGUCUGGAACACAGCCCUGAUCUAGCCUGGUCCCAGAUCUGGUUGUGCUAUCGUCUGCGUGUCUGGAACACAGCCCUGAUCUAGCCUGGUCCCAGAUCUGGUUGUGCUAUCGUCUGUGUGUCUGGAACACAGCCCUGAUCUAGCCUGGUCCCAGAUCUGGUUGUGCUAUCGUCUGCGUGUCUGGAACACAGCCCUGAUCUUGCCUGGUCCCAGAUCUGGUUGUGCUAUCGUCUGCGUGUCUGGAACACAGCCCUGAUCUAGCCUGGUCCCAGAUCUGGUUGUGCUAUCGUCUGUGUGUCUGGAACACAGCCCUGAUCUAGCCUGGUCCCAGAUCUGGUUGUGCUAUCGUCUGCGUGUCUGGAACACAGCCCUGAUCUUGCCUGGUCCCAGAUCUGGUUGUGCUAUCGUCUGCGUGUCUGGAACACAGCCCUGAUCUAGCCUGGUCCCAGAUCUGGUUGUGCUAUCGUCUGUGUGUCUGGAACACAGCCCUGAUCUAGCCUGGUCACAGAUCUGGUUGUGCUAUCGUCUGUGUGUCUGGAACACAGCCCUGAUCUAGCCUGGUUACAGAUCUGGUUGUGCUAUCGUCUGUGUGUCUGGAACACAGCCCUGAUCUAGCCUGGUUACAGAUCUGGUUGUGCUAUCGUCUGCGUGUCUGGAACACAGCCCUGAUCUUGCCUGGUCCCAGAUCUGGUUGUGCUAUCGUCUGCGUGUCUGGAACACAGCCCUGAUCUAGCCUGGUCCCAGAUCUGGUUGUGCUAUCGUCUGUGUGUCUGGAACACAGCCCUGAUCUAGCCUGGUUACAGAUCUGGUUGUGCUAUCGUCUGCGUGUCUGGAACACAGCCCUGAUCUAGCCUGGUUACAGAUCUGGUUGUGCUAUCGUCUGCGUGUCUGGAACACAGCCCUGAUCUAGCCUGGUCCCAGAUCUGGUUGUGCUAUCGUCUGUGUGUCUGGAACACAGCCCUGAUCUAGCCUGGUUACAGAUCUGGUUGUGCUAUCGUCUGUGUGUCUGGAACACAGCCCUGAUCUAGCCUGGUCCCAGAUCUGGUUGUGCUAUCGUCUGUGUGUCUGGAACACAGCCCUGAUCUAGCCUGGUCCCAGAUCUGGUUGUGCUAUCGUCUGUGUGUCUGGAACACAGCCCUGAUCUAGCCUGGUCCCAGAUCUGGUUGUGCUAUCGUCUGUGUGUCUGGAACACAGCCCUGAUCUAGCCUGGUCCCAGAUCUGGUUGUGCUAUCGUUUCAACUCCAUGUUAUGCGGCAGGUAGCGUUGGACCAGUAACCGAAAGGUUGCUAGAUCAAAUCCCCGAGCUGACAAGACUGUCCCCCGUUGGGUCUGAAGUCACUGAGGGUUGAUGACAGCCAGUUCCAUGCUUCGUCCUACCUGCGGAUGGGACUUGGCCCUCACAGGGCAAGACUUAAUAUACAGUCAGGUAUCGAGGACGGAGACAUGUAUGAUGGUGCGUGGUGUGCUAAGUAUGAGGACCAGUACCAGUGGCUGCAGGUGGAUGCUCUGCGCCCCACGCUGUUCACAGGAGUCAUCCUGCAGGGACGUAACUCCAUCUGGAGCUGGGACUGGGUUGAAACCUACAAAGUGCAGCUGAGUAACGACUCCGAGACCUGGAAGACCUGCAUGAACGGAACAGAGGAGGCGGUGUUUGUUGGAUCCCGAAAUGAACCUGAGACACCCUAUCUGGCCCUCUUCCCUCAGCCCGCGGUGGCUCGUUGGAUCCGUAUCAACCCCCAGACCUGGUACUGGAACGGGACAAUCUGUCUCAGAGCAGAGGUCCUGGGAUGCCCCCUCCCAGAUCCGGACAACGUUUGGCAACACCUCUCUGAUAAACUGUCUGGCUCUAAAGAUAACCUGGACUUCAGACACCACAACUACAAGGAGGUGAGGAAGCUGAUGAAGGCUGUGAAUGAAGAAUGCCCUCGUAUCACUCGUAUCUACACCAUUGGAAAGAGCUACACCGGUCUGAAGAUGUACGUCAUGGAGAUCUCUGAUAACCCUGGAAAACAUGAACUAGGUGAGCCAGAGUUCCGCUAUGUGGCAGGUAUGCAUGGCAACGAGGUGGUUGGCAGAGAGCUGGUGCUGAACCUCAUGCAGUACAUCUGUCGGGAGUUUAGACGAGGCAACCCACGCAUCGUCCGUCUGGUGACCACCACACGUAUCCACCUACUGCCGUCUAUGAACCCUGAUGGAUAUGAAACAGCCUUUGAAAAGGGGUCAGAGCUGGCAGGUUGGGCUCUGGGGCGCUACAGCUACGAGUGGGUCGAUAUGAACCACAACUUCCCCGACCUGAACAAUAUCAUGUGGGACGCCAAGGAGAAUGACACAGAGAUGGUUAAAACAGCCAACCACUACAUCCCCAUACCAGAGUACUACACUAAAGAGGAUGCCUUCGUGACCCCAGAGACACGUGCGGUCAUCAGCUGGAUGCAGGACAUCCCCUUCGUCCUGAGUGCCAACCUCCACGGGGGAGAACUGGUGGUUACCUACCCCUUCGACUGCACCCGGGACUGGGCCCCUCAGGAAAACACCCCUACGGCUGACGAUAGUUUCUUCCGCUGGCUGGCCACGGUCUACGCCUCCACCAACCUGGUCAUGGCCAACCCUGAUAGGAGGAUCUGCCACUCUGAAGACUUCCAACAGCACAACAACGUCAUUAACGGAGGAGCCUGGCACACCGUCCCUGGGAGUAUGAAUGACUUCAGCUACAUGCACACGAACUGCUUCGAGGUGACGGUGGAGCUGUCGUGUGACAAGUUUCCUCACGCCAGCGAGCUUCCUACCGAGUGGGAGAACAACAAGGAGUCUCUGCUGGUCUACAUGGAGCAGGUUCACAGAGGCAUCAAGGGAGUGGUGAGAGACAAGAUGACAAAGAAAGGCAUUGCAGACGCCAUUGUGAAAGUGGAAGACCUGGACCAUGACAUACGAUCAGCGGCUGAUGGGGACUACUGGCGUCUGCUGAACCCCGGGGAAUACAAAGUGACGGUGUGGGCGGAGGGAUACUUUCCCUCCAUGAGGCGAUGCAGCGUCGGGACCGAAGCACGCCCCACCGUCUGUGACUUCAUCUUGAUCAAGACGCCACGGCAGAGCAUGAACGAGAUCCUAGCUAAAGGGGGGAGGUUACCCCAGGAUCUGCAACUGAAGCUGAGAGCACUGAGGCUCCGGAAACUAAGAGUCUCCACCAAGGCCAUCAACCAGCGGAGGGAGCACAGCCGCAAGGCCAGGGGAACACGGUUCGCUAGGGCACCACGUCCUCUCACACCCCUGGCCUGAGAGACAGGGGACAGACUGCGUCUCUAAUGACACCCUAUUCCCCGCAUGGCUCUGGUCAAAAGAAGUGCACUAUAAAGGGGGAAUAGGGUGCCGUUUGGGACUCAAGUUGAGGCUUUGAAACGACCGGGUGUUUUGAGAUGGGACUACAUUGUAGUCAGCGACUACAGACGGACUGAAAUACAAAAUGUCAAUGAGAAGUCAUUUUUAGGAAGGUGAUUUGGUAAAUCCGACUGCGACGUAGUCGAUCUGAAACAAGACACAGAGGCUUUAACACAAGUCUGUAUUCCCAGUGAAUGUUGUGAUUUCAGAUUUGAAUAUGAGGGGGGGACUGGCCACCCCUCAUAGCCUGCUUCCUCUCUAGGUUUCUUCCUAGGUUCUGGCCUUUCUAGGGAGUUUUUCCUAGCCACUGUGCUUCUACACCUGC